AUGUUCGCAGCAAUGCUGGUCUAUCUACUGGCAGGGACCUCAAUGGUCUCGACGUUUAUUGUCACCAUCCUCAAUGGCAUGUUCUAUGCGACAUUGCACUCUAUGCCCUCCCACACGACCACCACUGGUCUGGCUCCGGUUGGCUUGAGUGCCGUGAGCUGUGUCGCCCUGGUCGCGAUCAGCCUACUAUUCCACAAAGAUGUGCGAUCCGGCCAGCGUUGCGCUGGCUGGAAGACGGGAGUCUUCUAUUUCACCGGGGCGUAUCUCCUGUUCGCUGCUGGGGUCGGAGCAGGAACAAUGGCAGCAGGCAGUACAGCCCCCCAAAAGUCAACCUUGUCCAUCGCCCGCUUCGUCUCCUGGACGUUCUCUAUUUUCUCGCAAGGGCUCUAUUGCGGCUAUCUUCUAUUGGCCUCCACGCCACAAAAGCAAUCAGACCUCCAGUGGCCUCGCCCAUACCUCCAACCAUCUACACCGAGUACCAUCUCAGCUCCGCCUGCAGCAUCCGAUUACUACCGAUUUGAGCCCAAAAUGGGCUCGCUGCGCAAAUAUCCUCGGCCCUCAAGCCGCUUAUCUACUUCAAGCUCUCAGUCGGACCAGACGAUCCGUCCGCAAGACACCAAAGAAGCCAAACAUUCCUCCUUCAACACCGACUCCACGGCAUCGUGGACCCCAGAGCCCUCUCCAGCAUCCCCGACAAGGCCAGAGCGUCGGUACGACCCACGGCCUCUUAUUCGAGCUCACAAUAGCAUCCGCAGUAUGCCUAGCUUGCGACAACACCGCUCACCCGCCCAGCAGUCGCUCGACAGCCUAGUGCGCUCUCAAUCGCCCACUGGCUCGUCAUGCAGCCUGAGCAUCGCAGAGACGAUCACUCAGCGAGAAGACAACAUCCACCCUCUAUUCCGCUCCAGCAGCCCUUCCCCCUCCCCAACCCCAACCCCGGGGACGAUGGUCAGGGCCUCCCCGUCUGCGGGACAGACGAUUACGGUCCAGACCUUGACGCGGAUGCGAUCCGCUCGCUCCCUGCGUGAUCAGACGAUGCGAACCCCCUCGCCAUUGCCCGAGCCGGAUUAUGCGAUGCGUGCGCGCAAGGACGCCGGGCCGGGGCUUUACGAAAAGAGACACGAAUUGAAUGAAUCCCCUGAUGAAAACUGA